GCCAGUUCGGCAUGGCAUCCAUGGCAUCUAAUAACACUACAGAGCGCCAUCUCCCGCUUUUCGUUUGGUACCAAAUUCAACUCUCAAAAUACCACGAGUAGGAAGUAAAUACAUAAAAAGCGAAAGGGAUCCAACGACACUUUUUUCAAGAGAUGAAAAGGAGAUGAUUUAAAGCUGCGGCUGAAUAACAGCCUCAAACAGCUUCUCGAAGAAAGCAGUCUUUGCAUGCAUCUGCAUCUCAGGGGUGUCCCACAUGUAGAGAACGACGUAAGCAGUAUGUACCCGCGAGAUUGAAUAACGAGUGGUGCAAUAUCCCUCCACCUAAGAUGUCAAUGAAAAGAAUGGAGAGUACAAUGACUUGCCACGCCCUCAGACUGAGACCCGGAGAGGAGCUGAAGACUAAACUCCUAGAGUAUGUCCAAGAGCACGGCCUCAAAGCAGCAUUCAUCCUGUCAUGUGUUGGCAGCCUCAGGAAAGCGUCUGUAAGAAUGGCCGAUUCAGUAUCGGUGAUCAAUGUUGACAAGAAUCAUGAGAUUGUUUCACUGGUUGGAACACUAUCAGGAGGGCAUGGACAUCUACAUAUCAGUUUGUCAGAUGAGAAAGGCAAGGUGUUUGGAGGACAUCUCCUGGGUAGCGCAGAGGUCUUCACCACAGCAGAAGUUGUCCUUGGAGAGCUCCCUCAGCUGGAGUUCCACAGAGAGCCAGACCCUGAGAGCGGUUACGAUGAACUUGCGAUCCAUAAGAGAUCCAACCAAAACAUAAACUGUGCAUCAAACGAUUCAAAUCAUGAGGGUUUGUGUACUGACAGCUGAUAUCAUCUGACCUUUGACACUUGGGAAGUUGCUGGUUUUACAGUGGAAGUAAAAGGAGAACGGUUGAAGCCAAAAGGGUGCUAACUGAUAUACUUUUACACAUAGUUGAUACCCUUCUGGCUCUGAAAGACGAUAUUUCUCAUUCCUCGUAUAUUUUGUUACCUUUAUCUCACAACACAUGGGAUGUCCAAUAUCUAGGUCUGGAACCCCCAAACGUUCAAAAUUUCCACAUAGGACUCAAAUAUUUCAAUCUGGACCCCUGACCAAAAAGCCCUGCUUUUAUGCCGUUUUAAAUUAGCUUAGACUACUGAAUUAUCCCAUCCCAAUUGACUCAAUACAGAAGCCACCUAGUUCCCAGAGACAAUGGGUUAAUUAUGUUCACUUUAGGCCACCACAUACCUCAAUAUCCAAUUAGACUGGUAUGCAUAUAUUCUAGGUGAACUUCUAUUUCAACACAACAACAAACAUUACUUUAAAUGUUGAUACUCUUAUGGCACUAUAGUGUAGUUGACUUCAUAUUGCAUCACCAAGAUUUAAGCAUGUUCCGUUAAUACUCGGUAUAAAAUUAAAUAAAAACUCAUACAAACUGUUGAUUUGGAUUUCUGUGUAGUUUAAUACAUGUAUAUCUACUUUUAUGUACAAAUUAUUGUCACUUAUUUAUUACAUAGCGAGUCAAAAAAGAGAACCAAGAAAAAAAAUAAUGAGAUUUACUAAAUACAAGCCAGUAAUAGAGCUUCUCCAUAUUACAACAUACCAGAACAUGAUCAAAUAAUUAACAGACCACUGGUGAUAUUUCUCAAUUAUGUCAAAUUAAUGCCAAUUAUUAUAGGGUUUAAAAAAACCGGAGGUGAAUGUUCAAUCUGCCAGGGCGACACCUAUUUAUGGGAGCCUACAGUACACUGUACAUGUGGCCCUUCCCUUUAUAAUCAAUUAUAAAAGAGGCUUUUGUUAACAGAUAAUAUUAAAGAUCUGAGAGAAAAUUUACACUACUUAUCUGUAAAAAGUAGACAUUUUCUGUAAUAUCUGACUGAAAUAUCAUGUAUAUAUUGUCCUCUUUGGCACAAACAAUAUUGUCUACAAAUUGAUGUUUGUGUAAAGAGUUGUAUUUGUAAAUAAAGAUAUAUAAACCUCAA